AUGGCGGGACCUCUAGAGAAAAAUGGCAUCCCAGUGCAGAUUAUCGAGCAAGUGCACAGCUUUCCUAAUCCUGGGAGCCAUUGGGUCUACGAGCUGAUCAGGACCAUCGUAUGGAUUCAUGAGACCGAGGAUGUUAGGGUACCAGAUAGGUUUAGGGCAUGGUUCCGUUUUGGGGCUAAUGGCUUUAGGAUUGGUCCACUCGAUAGUUUUGACAUUCCAUUGGCUGUGGUGGAUGCUAUUUUGAGUGAAUGUGUAGCUGACCUUCCUGAUGGUAAGGUGGACAACCCAUCGUCUCCGAACCUAGUGCAGUCAGAUGUGGAGGACGUGGGAUCGACAAACGAGUCCGACUUAACUCCCACACGCAUAUUCAGUUUGCCUCCGAUCGAUCGAAACCUCUUUCGCCUCCUCCCUUCGUUCCCUCCUUCCUUCGGGUUCUGCAAUUACCCGACCCGACCCGAACCGACCCGUUCAGGUACUCAUGGAGCCGCCGCACGAAAACGCCGCCGCCGCGUAUCCUCCUCCGCCGCCGCUCCCUCCGUCCGGAACCCUAGACUCCCCGCCGAUUACCCGCCCCCGCCGCCCCCUCCGGAGUCGCAAUCGUUCGAUUACUACUACGGUGCGGUUAAUCAGCAGCAGAAUCCAGCGCACGGCGCUCCUCCAAACCCCAACGGCUCGCUCGGCAACGGCCACUUCCUCGCCUCCGAGAACCAGCACCCCGGCCCCAGGCCGGAGAUCGCGAAGGUCGUCCUGUCCGACGGCGGCGCGAUCACGAACACCCACAGCGGGACCGAUAAGGACGCCUCGGGAGGCGAGGAGGAGACGACCAGCCGGAGGCGCCGCCGCAGCCGAUGGGACCCGCCUUCCGAAUCGAACGAGCAGAGCGGCGGCAGCGGGGUGGGCAACGACUCUGGGAGCGGCACGAGGAAGCGGAAGUCGCGAUGGGCGGAUGACGAGCCGAAGCUGCCCACGAUUCAGCUUCCGGAUUUCAUGAAGGACUUCACUGGAGGUAUCGAGUUUGACCCUGAAAUUCAGGCCCUUAAUGCUAGGCUGUUGGAAAUUAGCAGGAUGUUGCAGUCGGGUUUGCCGUUAGAUGAUAGGCCCGAGGGAGCUCGCUCCCCUUCUCCGGAACCUAUAUAUGAUAAUAUGGGGAUUAGGAUCAAUACGAGAGAGUAUCGUGCUCGUGAGCGUCUGAACAAGGAGAGACAGGACAUUAUUACACAGAUUAUUAAGCGGAAUCCAGCGUUUAAGCCCCCGGCUGAUUAUAGGCCUCCCAAGCUACAGAAGAAGCUGUACAUACCGAUGAAAGAGUACCCCGGUUACAAUUUUAUUGGACUUAUAAUAGGACCUAGGGGCAAUACCCAGAAAAGGAUGGAACGUGAAACUGGUGCAAAGAUCGUCAUUCGUGGAAAAGGUUCAGUGAAAGAGGGUAGGUUGCAGCAGAAGAGGGAUUUGAAGCCUGAUCCAGCAGAGAAUGAGGAUUUGCAUGUUUUGGUGGAAGCGGAGACACAGGAGGCACUAGAUGCAGCUGCAGGGAUGGUGGAGAAACUGUUGCAGCCUGUUGAUGAGGUUCUAAAUGAACACAAGAGACAGCAGCUCAGGGAACUUGCUGCAUUAAAUGGGACCAUAAGGGAUGAGGAAUUUUGUAGGUUAUGUGGGGAACCGGGACAUAGGCAGUAUGCGUGUCCUUCACGUACUUCUACAUUUAAGAGUGAUGUGCUUUGCAAAAUCUGCGGUGAUGGUGGACACCCUACUAUUGACUGUCCUGUGAAGGGGACUACAGGCAAGAAAAUGGAUGAUGAGUAUCAGAACUUCUUAGCUGAGCUUGGAGGCACCAUGCCUGAGUCUGCCACCAAGCAUAGCAGUACUUUGGCAAUUGGUGCUGGGACUGCUGGCAACUCUGGAAGCAACCCUCCUUGGGCUAAUGGUGCUGGCAGCACUGGGACAAGUUCACACCCUGGUUUAGGAUCAAACCCUGUUAAGCUUUCCAAAGAGUAUGAUGAUACAAAUUUGUACAUUGGAUACUUACCACCAACACUUGAUGAUGAUGGUUUGAUUCAGUUAUUCUCGCAGUUUGGGGAAAUUGUGAUGGCUAAGGUUAUCAAGGACCGUGUUACUGGACUGAGUAAAGGAUAUGGUUUUGUUAAGUAUGCAGAUGUUCAGAUGGCCAAUGCUGCUAUUCAAGCCAUGAAUGGUCAUCGGCUUGAUGGGAGAACCAUUGCUGUAAGAGUUGCAGGGAAGCCUCCCCAACCUACUGUGCCUCCUGGCCCUCCUUCGUCAACCGUGCCCACAUACCCUGUGCCAACACAACCAUUGGGUGCAUACCCCUCGCAGCAAUUCACGGCAGGUGGUCCUCUACCACCUGUUCCUCCUGGGGGCUAUACGGCAACUCCCGUUCCAUGGGGGCCACCUCUACCACCUCCUCCUUAUGGCUAUCCUCCUCCAUCGUAUAUGGGUCCUGUUCCCAUCCCUGGCCAACCCAUGCCUCCUUAUGGCAUGUCUUAUCCUCCCCCUCCACCAUCAGCACAGCCAGUUCCACCGGGUGCUCCGCCUCAGACGGCUCCUCCUGCUGAAGCACCACCGAGCUACCCGCCUGGAGUUCAAUCUGAAAACACUAGCUCUUCUCAUUCUGCUCCUGUUAGUGCAUAUGGAACAGCUCCUCCGAUGAUGCCUCAUGGUGCUCAGCCAAUAUAUGCUGCAUCUUCUAUGGGUUAUGCACCAUAUUAUGGUGCUUAUCCUCCCCCGGCUCCUGCACCCACUUCGAAUGCUGAUCCUUCUCAGAGCAUUGCAAAUGCACCUUGGGCAUCAAAUCCUCCUCCUCCACCACAGCCACCUGCAUCUUCCUCAGAGCAGACAUCAUUUGGUGGAGAUGCAGAAUACGAGAAAUUCAUGGCACAGAUGAAAUGACGUGGGUCCUGUUCUGUCAUUCUACCCAAAUGAAAGGAGUGAUGUUUCUUGGAGCUCUUGUCAACCUGAUUUCUUACCUCUUGCGAUUAUUGGAAGUUUGGGACUCACAUCAUUAACCUUGCUGUGCUGUUAUGACAUUGCAGAAAUUGGACAGGAAAUUCGAUCUACGCAGAUGUAAAGGCCAUAUUUGUUUCUUUUGAUAUCUGAACCUCCUCAGGACUUAAUCUUUUGGCUUGUUGCUGAUAUAUUUUAUUUUUUGAGUUUGUCAAAAUUUAGACAUAUCAAGUUGAUGGGAUCUUGCUUAUUAAACUGUCUUUGGAUCUGUUAACUGCUUUCAUAUAACUUGUUUGUGUUGCCUAGUUUAGCCUGUUUCUGCAUUAGGAAAGAUGCCUAUUCUGCAGUGACCAUCUUUUAUCUCAUCCCCUUGCCUUUGAAGACAUUGAUGCUUGCCCUUUUCACAUCUUUCGAGAUGGUAGUUCUCCUUAGAAAUUGAAGGUAUAUGCUCUUUUCACAUCUUAUAUGAUGCUGAUAUCUUGAUUCUUUAUGUAGUAGGUAUAAUGGCAUAUAUUCCUAAUCUUUUUUACUUGGAGGGAUUGGGGUGGUCAGGAACAUGUUUGUCUCUGUGGAUAAUGGACAACAUUACUUAGAAAAUUGAUUCUUCACACAUAUUAGGGAAUAGUACACCUUUGGACCCUCAGAUAAGUUGUCAUUUCCAUUCUUGUCCUACUACUUUUCAUGUUAGUCUUUGACCAAUUGUUCUACGGAUUUCCCAUCCUUAGUGGGCGCCUUCAUUUUGGUCCUUAAGCUGGCCAAAAUUGUAAGUAAAAUGGACUGAUCUGAUGGCAACGCAAUUGGUGGGGUACUAAAUUUAGUGAGUGUACAGUAUGAGGAUUAAAAUCGAAGUACUUGCUUAAUCUAAAUAGAUGGAAAGCAUAAAUCUUUAAGUCUAGGAAAAUAAUUGAAGUGUUUAACCUGCAUAAGGUACAAAACACUUUUCAAAAAGAAUAAGGUUCUGGGAUAGAUCAAAUGGAAAGGAUGAUUUGUACAGCUGGUGGUCUGGUUAAUGCUUUUUAAGUAUGUGAGAAUCAUCAUUUAUUUAUGUUGAAGAGCUCUAUGAAUGACAGACUAAGAAUAAGAAGGGGAACUUAAGCAAUCUGCCUUGCAGUUGUUUGUUGUCAUAGAAAAUUUUGGGCCAUUUGCUGUUUCGAUAUGCUUUUGGAAGUAUGAAAUGUCUUACCCUAACAAACUGACAUUCUUGGACAAGGUUUUGUUUUUGGUUUUUUUUUGGUUCUUUUUGUUUUUUUCCGGGUAGAGGUAAAUUUCUCUUAUUAAUGUUUCAACAUGUUCCAGAAUGAAAUCUAUCUAUUUAUGCCAAAACCCCCAUUUGUCUCACUUUGGCAUUCUCCAUUAAUUCCCAAUUUUUUUUUGUCCGUUAAUUCCCUUAUGAACUUAUUUUUCUAAUUGUAAAUCAAAGAGGAAAAAAGGUAAAUUUAACCAAAGGAAAAUGAGAAAGUGCACUUAGUAAAAUUACUUAGUUGUUCUUAUAGCUUAAUCAAUCUCUGCACUUUAUGUGAGGAAUUUUGAAUUUUUUCUCAUUUUUUUAAAAUUUAAAUAAAUGUUUAUUUUCAGCUAUUGAAAAAAUAGCAAAAUAUUUAUCUAAUCUUUUCUUUUGAGAAGAGAAUUUGAGCGGUAGGAAAAAAACGGAUGGGUUAUUAUUCGGUUUAAUGUGUAAAAAAAAAAAAAAAAUUCCGUAUACUUUUGUUGAAUCAUUGACAUGUGUGAUUGUAGUUAGUUUUUUGACUGAACUUUUCUACAUAUCAACCAUUUAAUGUUGAAUGAGUUAUUUAUUAUUAUUAUUAUUUUCACAAUGUCAGUGGACCUAAUAAAAAUUUUAAAAGAUCGUUUUUUUUUUUUUUUUUUUGGUGAAAUUAAAGUUAUGACUUUAUAAUUACCUUACAAUGUUGUACGAGAAUGAAACCAAUUGCACUUGAAAACUAGUUGUGAGAAAUAAAAACAUCAUUUUCAUGUACUUAGGGAGUUUGUUUUUAAACAUGAGUGUGAUCCCAGGAACUUAGUGGUGCUGAUACCUUAUGGCACUCCUUGCGUUUAUAUUUUUCUUCAAGAAUGUGAAUUACACGACUUGGCUUUUAGUAACACAUGUCUGUAGACAUCCAAAAUGGAUAGAACUGUGGGCUUGCAUUGUUAUGACUUCCCUUGAUCCACAGCUAGUACUAAAUGGAAAGUUCCUUUUGGUGCCCUGCAUUUAUUGCUUGGUCUCGCCCUUUGAGUUAAUUAUUCAGGUGCUAGUUUUGCUACAUGUGGCAUGUUGGUAAGAGUCAGUUCUGGAGAUACUUUUAUGCUUGACGCUGUUAAUUUUGACACUUACGUCUUAAGCUUUAUAAUGUCAUUCUUAAUCUGACGUCUCUUUUUUAUGUAGAUUGCUAUGGAUUGCCAGGUGGUUGGUUAUUGAUGGGUUGAGCAUAGUGUCUUUAAGUAGGUGGUGUAGAUGGCAGUGAUGGUUGGUAUUAGAGGAGUUUUAACUGACUUAACAAGGUCACCGCAAUAUUCAUUUUUUGGAUGAAUAGUUCCUUUGUAGAUAUCCCAGAUCCAGGAUUCCCGCAGAUCAAUCCCAGGGUUUCUCCUUAAGGAGAAAUCAUCCUUCAGCAGGAGAUAUGCUAGUCCUAAUCCUGAUCUCCGACUCAUCUCAUGCAGGUUUCAUUGUCCAAAUUGCAUGUCUAAUAUCGUAUUGACAUAAAAUGGGCUUGUGAGUUGUUUGCUCUGAUACAGUAUCCGUGGCCCUCGUCAAAGGAGUCUGAGGUUCUACCGCAUAUGGGUGCUCUUUAUCUUGUCCGUUGCUCUUUGCGAUGGCAAUGGACUACCCCAUCGCAGACUAUUACCAGUUGACUUACUAAGAUUUUGCUGUGAACUUGGUCAGCCUAAGAAUUGUAUGCUGCUUUUGAGGAGUUGGCCGCUUCUGGUCAUAGUUGGAUCUUGUGGGAUCCAGCUGAUGGAUGGUCGUGUAGCAAUCUCUAUUCUAGGGAGGUUUGCUUCGAGGCUGACCCUGAUGUUGGAGCAGUGGAUUUUUCUUGGCAUGCUGCGGGCAAUAUAAUGGUCCUCCGAGGAAUGGAUCCUCGGGUUACAACGAAUCGCAACUUCUUGCAAUUUUCCGUAACUCCUAUGUAAAAAAUGUCGUAAUAGAUGAUAACUCGCAGGUUUUACGAUCA